CCGAGCGGCACCAUGCUGGGCAUGAUCAAGAACUCCCUGCUGAGCACGGUGGAGGCAUGGCCCUACCGGGUGCUAAGCAAGGGGGAGAAGGAGCAGCUCAGCUACGAGGAGAGGACGUGCGAGGGCGGGCGGUUCGCGGCGGUGGAGGUGGCGGGGAAGCCGUUUGACGAAGCCUCAAAGGAAGGGGUGCUCAAGCUCCUCAAGUACGUUGGAGGAACCAACGACAAGGGGGUUGGAAUGGGCAUGACUGCUCCUGUCUCCAUCACUGCUUUUCCUGCUGAAGAUGGCUCCUUACAGCAGAAAGUGAAGGUCUCUCUGUGGAUCCCGAGCCAGUUUCAAGCCAACCCUCCUUGUCCUAGUGAUGAAAGCAUUAAGAUCGAAGAGAGACAGGAGAUGACCAUUUAUUCCAUGCAGUUUGGUGGCUAUGCCAAAGAGGUGGAUUAUGUGAACUAUGCUGCCAAGCUGAAGUCUGCUCUGGGGAGUGAAGCUGCAUACCGCAAGGAUUUCUACUUCUGCAAUGGUUACGACCCCCCCAUGAAGCCUUAUGGGCGACGCAAUGAGGUCUGGUUUGUGAAAGAGUGAGCAUCUGGCUCCCAGUGGUGCUGGCUUGCACUGUUAGCCUCCCUGCACUAUGUCCCUGUCCUCUUCAAAAUAAACUAACAAUUUGGCAGAGUCAGAAAACCAU